UUUGUUUGGACGAAUGAGGUUGGAGUCAAAAGAGAAAAAGUUCACAUGUGAGUGAAUAAAUGAUGAUAUUGGACGGUACAAAUAACACAUUUAGCUACACUAGCAUAUCAGUUUGAUACUACACAAAACAAGAUUAAGAUUAAGAUGGAGGUAAACGGUGAGAAUAGGGAUAGCAGAAGAGUGAUCGAUCCAAGAAGUGGGUUUUGCAGCAGCAAUUCAAUCUUCUACAGCAAGAGAAAGCCCCUUCCACUUCCACCUAACCACUCUUUAGAUGCCACCACUUUCAUCUCCUCCCGCGCUCAUCACGGCCAUAUCGCCUUCAUUGACGCCUCCACCGGCCACCAAUUCACUUACCAACAACUCUGGCGAUCCGUCGACUCCGUCACCUCCUCACUCUCCAACAUGGGUAUCCGUAAAGGUGACGUCAUCCUUCUCCUCUCUCCCAACUCCAUCUAUUUCCCUGUUGUCUGUCUCUCCGUCAUGUCCCUCGGCGCUAUCAUCACCACCACCAAUCCUCUCAAUACAUCUGGUGAAAUUGCUAAACAGAUUGCUGAUUCCAAACCUGUUCUUGCUUUCACUACUCAACAACUCCUUUCCAAAAUCACCCAAGCAUCACCUUCACUUCCAAUCAUUCUCAUGGACACCAACAACAACAACAACAACUCAUCAUCAUCUUCAACAACAACAACAACACUGGAUGAAAUGAUGAAGAAAGAACCUGAGUUGAGUAGAGUGACUGAGCGCGUCAACCAGAAUGACACAGCCACAUUACUCUACUCAUCAGGAACAACAGGACCAAGCAAAGGAGUAGUAUCUUCCCACAAGAAUCUAAUAGCGAUGGUUCAAGUUGUAAUGGCUAGGUUCGGUAAAGAACAAGAGACAAGAGAAACUUUCAUAUGUACUGUUCCGAUGUUUCAUAUAUACGGUCUUGCGGUGUUUGCUAUGGGGCUUCUUGCUAUGGGUUCAACCAUAGUUGUUCUCUCUAAAUUCGAGAUGCACGACAUGCUUUCAUCGAUUGAAAAAUUCAGAGCAACCUUCUUACCUCUUGUGCCCCCGAUAUUGGUUGCUAUGCUGAACAACGCAGAUGCUAUUAAGAGAAAGUAUGAUUUGAGUUCGCUUCAUACGGUGGUUUCUGGUGGUGCUCCUUUGAGUAAAGAAGUAACGGAAGGGUUUAUUGAAAAGUACCCUAAUGUAAGUAUCUUUCAAGGUUAUGGUUUAACUGAAUCCUCUGGAAUUGGAGCUUCUACCGAGUCUUUGGAAGAGAGUCGUAAGUAUGGUACGGCGGGGCUUGUGUCUGCUUCCACGGAGGCUAUGAUUGUUGACACUGAGACUGCUCAGCCGUUGCCCGUUAAUCGGACGGGUGAGCUUUGGCUUCGUGGUCCCACCACUAUGAAAGGUUAUUUCAGUAACGAGGAGGCAACCAGAUCGACCAUUACUCCAGAGGGUUGGUUAAAAACAGGGGAUGUUUGCUAUAUUGAUAGCGAUGGAUUCUUAUUUGUCGUCGAUCGUUUGAAAGAGCUCAUUAAGUACAAGGGAUAUCAGGUCCCUCCAGCAGAACUAGAGGCUUUGUUGCUUACUCAUCCUGCUAUUUUAGAUGCUGCUGUCAUACCGUAUCCAGAUAAGGAGGCUGGGCAGGUUCCAAUGGCAUAUGUGGUAAGGAAUGUGGGAAGUAACUUGUCCGGAAGCCAAGUUAUGGAUUUUGUUGCAGAGCAGGUGGCUCCAUACAAAAGAAUUCGAAAAGUGGCAUUUAUAUCUUCCAUACCCAAAAAUCCAUCUGGUAAAAUUCUUCGGAAGGAUCUUAUCAAGCUAGCUACGUCUAAACUCUGAACUCAGUUGAACUUUUUAAAUGAUAGUUUUCCAUUGAAUUUGGUUAAAUGGCGAAUACUUUCAACCAUCUAUUUGUUUUGUCACAAAAUUGUCUAUUUGUAAAUAUUGCUGAGUGCUUCCUGCUUCCCUUAUUGAGAAUAAAAAUGUUGUGGUCUUGGUUUCUUUGAAAAAUAUACUCAUAAUAAGUAUGAACAAUGAUAUCUUGAAUAUACUUGAAGUUCAAACAAA